UCGCUCGUCUGUUUUUUUUUUUUAAUUCGCCGAAGUCGAAUUUGAGAGAGGCGAGGGGUCACACGUUGGUAGCAAUGCACUACAAAUGUUUGCCCAGUUUGCCAUUUGUUGCCACUGUUGAGAGUGUUGAGACUGGUUGAGACGCAAUAGCGCAUCCGAGCGAAGCGUUGUUUUGGAUCGCGACGCGGCUGGUGCAUCGAUGAAGUUUUCUUGGAUAUCGCGAGUUGAUAUCCAGCGCAAUCAUGGAAGCCCUGCUGCCUUCUGAGAUCGCUCGACUGGUGCUCGGUUAUUUGGAAGAUCAGAAGUGUGCUGAAGCAGCCAAACUGUUUUUAGAGACGUCUCCGCACUUGCAAGAAUGCCGUACUGUACUUUCUUGCGGGAGGCGAUUUAGUACCCGAGUCAAUGGUCUAACGUUGAUGGAUAUUGUUGAAAAAUUUUCAGCCAUCAGUACCAUGAUUCAAGAACGAUUAAGUAAAGCCACUGACUGCGAGCAGUUAAAGCAUCUGAAUGGAGAUCUGAUAGAGCAACUCAGGUUUCUUGUAGAGGAGCCACGUGGUCAGCGAUUUGUUGUAAAUAUAAAUGUACCUUCACAGAGUAAUGCACAAACAUCAAAUGGCUCACCGAUUGCUGCAAGUAGUAUGCGUAAAAGACACCAUAGUAAUAGUGAACGUGUUAAACGCAGUAUUAAAUCCCAGUUGAAUUCAGUACAACAAUCGGACAUCAUGAGUCCACCAGCGAGCUGCCACAAUGUUGACACAACCCCGUUAGAGAGCCUGCCUGGAAAUGUUGAUUUAUUAAGGCAGACAGAAUGUGCCGCUCAUACAGUCGAGAAAAGAGAUGACAAUUUCACGCAGGAGCCUCACAGACAAUGUGACUCUGAUAAAAAUAAUAGUACAAAUGAUAUUACCACGCGUAAUAGAAACAAUAGUAUUCGGAUAAGUUCAGAUGAUGUCUCAAGUGUACGAAGUUGCGAAAUGGAUAUUGAUGAUAAAAAAAAGGAAGAAAGCGUAAUCAAUACAAUACCUAAACAAUAUACUACAGCCACAAGUACGGAAGAAUUAUUAAGUUUCUCUAGUACAGAAGUCCAAACUAUUCCUUACGAGAUACCCGAGUCAGAGUCCGAAUCUAAUGACGAGCCUAUUGAAAAUCUCAGUAUAUUAACGAAAGAAAUUUUGAAUCGUACAGACUUACAAGAAUGUAUUGCAGAGAAUAUCAAUAAAGCAAUCAUUCCUACAGACCUAUCCUUGAAGGACGAGCACUUGAAUGAGUCAAUGGUCGGUGAAGGAAACACCUCGAUUAUGGCUGAAUUAAAUAAUGCUAUUAAAUCAAUCGUUGAAGCAACGGAGUCCGAUCCUGUGUUUGAAAAAUUUAUCGAUGAAAUCAUUGGACCGCACACAGAAACUGACACAAGCCCAGAGGAAGAUGGUGAAGGAAAGCUAAGCCCAAAGUCGGUUAAUGAAGCACAGGAGAAACAAAUGGAAGUGGAAGCAAGUGUGAGCAAUGUUGGUUCACCAGAGCCAGUGGUAACAGAUACUAAAGUAUCUGCGGAGGACGGUACAGCGGACGUGCCUUUGAAGCACAGACUUCGUAGUUCUUCAAGACAACAAUAUAACAGAGUUGAAGACGAGGUCGACAAAGCGAGGGAUCAAGAGAAAGAUCAAAUCGCUUUGGAAGAUCAAAAUGCAGCCGCGGUGUUGAGUAUUAUAAAUGCCAACAUUGUUAAUAGUGUGCCUGACAGUGGCAAAAGAACUCUUGAUACAAAAGAAAUAAUAACCACAGAUGAUAGUAAUGAACAAAAAAUGCAAACAAUGCAAAUACCUUUGAUAAAUAAGAAUGAUGCUAUAAAACCUUUAACAGCGACAAACGUACAGAAAACUAAUGUUACACAACUGCAAAUACAGCCCAAAGUUAAAAAGUCCACGGUAAAACGACCAAGACCCACGAAACCCAAACGCGAUCAAACGGCCAAUAAUAACCAAUCCAGUUCUGUUCAGUCCGAUACAAUUCAGCCCAUAACAGAACACGAAAUCAUGGCUAUGCCAACGUUGAUAGUGUGUUCGCAAGAAGAGGUGAAUAAUAUUUUAAUAAAUCGCUCAUCAACUAUUACAUCGACUUCCACUUCGCGUUUUAUUCCGAUUGCUCCGAAAGAUUCAGAUAGCAUUAAUAAAGGAACUGCUGAAACUUUAUAUCUACGGGCGGUCAAUGUAGCGCAGAAAGUACCGGCAGUCAAAACACUGCCGUCUUUGGUAGAAGAACCGAACGAUCCUGCGAAUCAAGUGGGAUUAUUGCAAUCGACAAGGAAAAACGGUAACGUGAACAAACGAUUAAAAACUAUACACAAAACUGACGCGACAGUACCCAUCAUCACUAUUGAUCAACAGGUAUUAAAUCGUCCGUUAGAACCGGUGCAAAAUGGUAAGAUCGUUGGAGGUGAAUCGAUAACGCUUUAUGGCAAUGAUGAAACUAGCGCUAAAACAUCAUUGGAUAGCACCAACAUGCCUAUGAUCAAUUUGGAGGAAAAUAUCAGCCUGUCGGAGAGCGGACUUUCUCCAUAUUUAAAGUUUAAUUGUAGCAAAACCAACCAAAGUCACAAUCUUUCGGACAUUGAUUUAGCACCCGUGAUGGAAAGCGCAGCGAACCCUACGACAAAUAAUAACAAAAGCACGCGGUCACCUAAGAAUGUCGAUAUUAUUACUAAACGCACGCCGAAAUCCCUGUUAAAAAGUAGAUCCAAAAAUCAUAGAUUAAGUUUAUCCACGCCGCGUAAACGAAACAGUCACGUAAGGGCGCUCGACUUUAGCACUCCUACGAGAAUGACGAGUUCCACUAGGAAAACGAGGGGGGACACACCAUUCACAUCGGCGAAACGUUUGAAAUCCGUUUGUAGGACUACAUUAUUCAGAUCACCGUCGCUUUCCAGUACUUCCGCUCAGAAACAGAAGAGUCCGAUGAAAGUUAAUCAGUCUUACAGAAUUCCCAUAGCUACUAGAAGCCCCGCGCCGAAACUCAUGGGAGGCUGGGACAAGUAUAACGGCGUUGGUGUCAUUAUAGGCGAGGUAUCUCCACAUGGUAGUACCAGCGCGUCUUGUUCCUCCUCCGAGGAUAGAAUCAUUCAACACAAGCCAUCUAAGCCCCUUGCGGGAAAUUGGGAUGCCGAUUUACGCAGGAAUAUAGAAUCGAAUAAGGGAGACGAGAAAGACAAGCCGGAGAUUAAGGAACCAGUAAAGAGGAAAAGAAAUUCUAUUAAAGAUAGGAAUGACGUGAUAUGUAAAAAGACUAAAUACAAUUCACGAUCGAAGAGCAACGAGAGAAAGCGUUGCGGUAAACUGAAAGUGAACAGGAAGCUUAAGCAUAAUGCGGAAAACACCAAUGGAUCGGAAGAGAAUUCCCAAGAAAACAUAAUAACAGAAUCGCAAAAUAAUGAGAAAGAAAAUAUAACGGAAGCUACUGUUAAUCCUGUAAGUUCUAGUACAAACAAAUCUGACAAAAUUUCGGAAUCGACCAAUACUUGUGAGACGUCGGCAAAAACGACCAGUACAAGCGCACCCAUCAGUGGUGCGGUAGCAGUUGAAACGAAACCUGUGAAAAAGUACGUGCAAUUAACGACGAUAGCGACUAACUUAAGUCGGAAGUCUGAUAACGGGAAAGUAAAAAACAUGGAAAUCGCGCAAAUGUCAGAAGUCUCGAGAAUUAUAUCCGUGGACAGCACGCAACACAUUUUGCCCGAUAUGAUAAGCUUGGAGACACCUAGAAAAUUCGACAACAUAUCCGGUCCUCCGCCGACACCGAGAGUACUAAGUCCCAGUAGCAAUCUAAUUACACCGUUUAUCAAGGUCAGCGAGGACUCCACUAAAAUACGUAGUUUCAUCACCACUCCGGAAUUCCCGAUAACUCCGGGCGUAGCUCUGACACCGAAAGAGGAGACGACUAGAGAUAUUCUAAAAAGAGGCGAGUACAAUUCCUCGUACUACAAACCCACCUCCGAGCAAGCUCAGGAUUCUGAUUUGAAGGUAUCUAAGCCUAAAGACAGCAGUACGCAAGAGUCACCCAUUCUAUCUUCGUCGCACAUAAAAUUACAUUCGACGCACAAUAGUCUUAUUUCUGGUAAUCAGACGUGUACUUCCUCCAAACUAGAGAUAACGGAGUUCGAAGUGAUCAAGGAGAAUUUGCCGAGGGAAGAGGCUAUCAGGGAGUUUAAAAUUGCAUCCAAAGAUUCAGGAAUCGCGACAGAACUCAACGCUUCGAUUGUAAUAGACCACGUGGAUCUGAUACAGGUGAACGAAAUUAAAGGCGUAGGUGAGCAUCGAGAAACAAUAAUCGAUGCCAAUUAUGUCAAUGAUUCUCACAAUGACUCUGUGGCGAGUAGCUCUUCGUCAUCCUCGUCAUCGUCGUCAUCGUCCUCUUCAUCAUCAUCUACGUCCAGCAGUUCGAAUACAUCGACGAAUACGUGUUCGCCGAACGGGAAAUGCGAUAAAGCCUCAAGUAAAAUGAGCACGGACAUCAGUAGCGAUUUCGCGGAAAAAAGCAUUAACGCACCGAAAGAUACACAUGAUGUAGCGGCUAUACCAAGCGACGCAUGUAAAAAAUCAGAUAGCGCGAUUGAAGCGGAAUCUUCGCCGAAGAAAGUGUUCGCGAUCACGAAAACUGACGAUCAGCUAAAGGAUACGUUGAAGGAAACCCCCGUUAAAGAUGAGACUCUAUUAAAUGAAGCCGAUAUUUCGGAAACGCCCAGCAGCUCAAAAAGCGGAGUAGAAACGAUUAAUUUGACGACAAGGAUAUCGGCGAUUAUGACGGAAGACGAAAAUUUAUCAAGAUCGAACAAGUCGUCCAAGAGCAGCGGUAAAAUACAAAUCAACAAAUCGCGGGCACAGCCAAAGAUAAUAGAUAUACAAUGUAUUCGACCAGGAUCAGUGAAAUUCAUCCAGCCUCCGAAACCGAUUCAAAAUGAACCCGAGCGCGAGCAAAGCACGCUUAUGCACGACAAGUUGAUGCAGCACAGGCAGCUACUAGAAGAAAAACGACAACGUAUCAUGGCUAAGAUCAGAGAUAAUUCAAAAUUGAAUCUUCCUAGCGGGACGAAGCGUAAAUGCAUUUUAACUGGCAAAACUGCCGACACUCUGAAGAAGUUUGGUAGAGGAAAGCGAAUUAUACGUCCGCCGGCAAGAUAUGCCAGGGAUGUUAAUAAGAAUACAGAGCCGCAGGACAAUCGACAGGAAACCUCGAGGAAAAGUACGCGAAGAAAAUACGAAUCGCAAAAACAGAAUCUCGUGAACAAAUGCAACGAUAACGAGGAAGAAACGACAAACCGAGUUGCCGCAUCGAAAAGUACAAAUCCUAGCUUAACGAAUUACGGGAAUAAUAGUAACAAACCGCUUGAUGGUUAUACGACAAAACAAUUGCACGAAAGUAACGUUUGUGAAAAUAAUGUAAUUGAAAAUUGUAUGAGUGAAUCCACGCAACCGCGUAAUUCCUUAUCAAAAGAUGAAGAUCAUUUAAAAGAGAUGCCAGAUUCCAAGGAAAAUACGGAGAAAAACUGCAAUGUUAAGAGCGUCGACAAAGAAGGAACGGGGGAGACAUUCAACAAUACUACUGUACAAAAAAAGAUUUUAAAGAAAGAAAGAAAUUCAGGGAAAUAUAUCGUCGUACAAGAAACAUUAGCUCCGGAUAAGGUAAAGAAUGAUCAAACGGAAGAUAAAGCAAGUAAACUGAGACAGUUUCCAAAUAAUAUUGAUAAAUCUGAUAAUAAAAUAUUAAGAUUCAAGGUAGAUCAAGUGAAGCGCGACUUAUUUAGUGACGAGGAGAACGAUCACAAAACAUCUUCGACUGUAAGUGCGAAAGAUGACAAAACCAAGAAAAUUGCUGACGCGGAAACUCAAAAUGCUGAUGAAGCUCCAGACAAGAAGGAGAACGCAAAUGUUGAAAAUCCCAAACAGGAAUUAUCGACCGUUCUUCAGUGUUUGCAAUUGGUGCCUGCGUCCAAAAAGGAGCAAUCGAACAAUGAUAAAAAUCAAACUGAAAAGCAACAUAAAGAGCAGAGCGAACUUGAAAGCGACGGUGAUGGUGAAUCGCAUCAAAUGGUCGAUGUUCAUAAUGGUAUAAAAGCCGAGUAUCACUUUGUGUAUGACGACAGCGUACCGAUGAAAAAGAGAAGAAGGAGAUAUAGCGCACAUGAGUUACAGAUUAAAAUCAAUCAUGCCGAUUUCUCGAAUUCGAACCCCGUUGAGUGCAUCAAGAUAAUGAAAGCUACCGAGUUGGAGGAAAUAUUUAAUCGCCCGCCUAAGAAACGGACGGCGAGUAAAAAAUCACGCACGAAGAAUGAAAAAGUUUGCGAGACACCUAACUUCCAAGCAGAUAAAGACGUUCUUAAUUUAAAAGACGUUACCACGAAACCCUUGGCUACGUCGUCUCCUAUAGAUGAACCAUCAAGAGCUAAAACAAAUAAGACGAUUAUUAAAACUGCUGCGGCAAACAAAACUAAUAACAAUACGCAAUCUGAUGCAAGGAAAAAGCAAAAACCGGAUAAGCAUCAGGAAAAAGUUACAGAUACUACUACCAAAAGCCGGAAGAGAAAACUGUCAGAAGCAAGAGAAACGAAGCCGGUUGAGAAGAAAUGCACGACUGAUCCGCAAAUAUUACUUAGUAACUUAGAUGAAGUAGACCUGAAUAAAUUCUUGUCUACGGUUCAUGGGCCUGAAUAAUGCUCUCUUUUGUACAUAUGUAUAAAAAAACGUAAAUAGUAUCUUUUCUAUUUUUAUAUAAUUAUAUAUAGUAUUAGAAGUAAAGUAUUAGAGUAUUUUGUUAUUGACAAUCUAAAUUAUUUAACAUUUAUAUACUCUCUUUACGAUUUUAAAGUCUUUUAUAUAUGAUUAGCAUUUUUGUAGUCGAUUAAAUUAUUAUUUUUUUUUUUAUAUUAACUU